CUUUUCUUCAUCCACAAAAUUGACCGAAAUUCAAUUUUUUUCAGACAGAGAAACUGUUUGUGUUUGCAAAGAAAGCGAGUCCAUCCAUAUUAAUGCUGAUAUGGUAUUUAUAGGUUUCACGUCGUCACUCAAUGAGCAGACACCAGUUCAUUCUGUCGCUUCCACACAGACUCCUGCACUGCCGCCGAGCCAUUCAACAGUUCCAUUCCCAUUUACUUGUACAUGAAAUUGAAAAUGCAAACAUACUACUCACGGUUUGGAACUCUAUAAUUAAACACUAUUCACUCAGUUCAUUCCCUAAUGAAGCUAUAUUUGUUUUCAAACAUCUCAUUUACAAAUAUAACCCUGUAUUUUUUGAUAGCUUUACAUAUUCCUAUCUCAUCAAAGCCUGUGCCAAUUUAAAACGCCCCAGAAUAGGAAAUCAGCUUCAUUGUUUGAGCCUCAAAGUGGGGUUUGAGUUUCACGUUUAUGUGCAAACUGCAGUUGUUAAUAUGUAUGGAGAUUGUGGGAGUAUGGUUGAAGCGAAGAAAGUGUUCGAUGAAAUGCCUGAAAGGAAUUUGGUGACAUGGAAUGUUUUGAUAACCGGGUUUUGUAAGUGGGGUGAGAUUGAAUCGGCAAGGUCUGUUUUUGACGUGAUGCCGGAGAAGAAUGUGGUUUCUUGGACUGGUUUGAUAGAUGGGUGCACGAGGAUGAAUCAGUUCGAUGAAGCAUUGUCAUUGUUUCGAAGAAUGGUUGUGCACGAGGGCAUCAAGCCUACUGAAUUAUCUCUUCUUGCCAUUUAUCCGGCCAUUUGGAAUGUUAGGUGUCUCGAGUUUGGCCAAAUGGUUCAUGCUUAUGGAGAGAAAAGCGGGUUGAAUGCGUUUGAUAUUCGUGUCAUGAAUUGCCUCAUAGACGCAUAUGCUAAAUGUGGCAGUAUAGAGUGUGCACAGAGAGUUUUUGAAGAUAUAUUAGAUGAAAGGAGAAAUUUGGUUUCUUGGACAUCCAUAAUUUCUGGAUUCGCAAUGCAUGGAAUGGCUAAAGAGGCGUCAGACUGUUAUAAAAGAAUGGAGGAUGAGAGUGUUAAGCCUAAUCGGAUCACACUUUUGAGUGUUCUAAAUGCUUGUAGUCACGGUGGAUUAGUGGACGAGGGGCUCGAUUUUUUCAGGAAGUUUGUUGACAAAAGUGGUAUUGCACCGGACAUUAAGCACUAUGGAAGUUUGAUAGACCUGUUGGGAAGGGCAGGGAGAUUAGACGAAGCAGAGAAGAUAGCUUUAGAGAUUCCUACUGAGAUUGGUAAUGUUGUAGUUUGGAGGACACUUUUAGGUGCUUGUAGCUUCCAUGGUAAUGUUGAGAUGGGCCAGAGAAUAACACACAAAAUUAUGGAUAUCGAGAAGGAAUACGGCGGUGACUACGUGCUUUUGUCCAACAUAUUUGCUGGUGCUGGUAGAUAUGAGGAUUCUGAGAGAAUGAGGAGUUUAAUGGAUAGGCAAAAUGCUUCAAAAGUUCCUGGCCUUAGUCUGCUCUAACCAUUAGCAAUUCUUUCUUGCACAUUGCCCUCGAGAGAUACCUCAACGACUACAUCUUUCCAGAAUUAAUCGUCUUCCAUCAAAAGGUGGCCCGUGACAGCAAUACUGGAGACUAAUUACAAGUCAAAAGGUUCUUUGAAAUGAAAUUAUACUUCGAUAAUAAGGCACACCACCACCAUAAAUGUUCUUAUGGCCUUGUUGAGACUUGUGUUUUUGAUUAACAAUGUGGACAAAAUUUGUAAAGAAGAUAAAUUUGGACAAUGUGGGGCAGCUGCAACAACUAUGCAAUGGUAUUUGAUUGUAGAAAAUAAGGAAAGAAAAAGGUAUAAGGUAUCAGAGCACAAGUCGAGGAACUGCAGAUAGACGAGGAAAUUCUGGCUUAUCUUGGAGAUUUUGGACGGCAACCAUCCUUUAGGUUUUACUUCCCUGCAAAUUUUUUUAUUGGUCUCCGUUUUCUUAAUUAGCUUUGUUAUUUAUAAUCCACUUGUCAAUUUUUUUUUCCUGCAUAGCUGUUAAAAUGAAUGGUCGUAAUAAUAUUUGCAAGGUACUUAGAUAUAAGUUGGUUGAGGAUUCUAAUAGGUAUUUAUG